AUGCAAGCAAUAUUCUAUACGGAACGCACAACUAUCGAAGAAUACAAUCAUUCAAUCUUACAACUCCGUGAAUCAAACGUUUGUGCAACAUUUACAGAUACAGGGGCAACAUGGAUACUGAACUUCCAGGGCCCCGAACCGUUGAGAUCGCUAGCGAAUAUUUAUCGUGCUGUCACACUUUCUGUCGGUUGCUCUCAGCAGACUUGCAACGACAAAGCCACCGCCGUGUGUUUCUUCAGCAAACCUGAGCUUAGGAAUGGCCAGUUAAUAUACCGAGCAGGCACGCCUUGUAAGUCAGAUCAAGAAUGCACAACGUAUCCCCGGUCAACGUGCAACGUUACUGAAACACUCUGCCACGCUCAAUCUUUCGAAACUGUUCCUGCAGGUGCAAACAAUCAGUGCUCCAACAACACAGGAAUGACAGACAGCUUGAGAGAGAAGUUCCUCAAAAUGCACAAUUAUCGUAGGUCCAAUAUGGCUCUGGGAAAAGUUGAGAAGUUCAACGGCAAAUUUUUCCCCAAGGCUGCUAACAUGGAGAAGAUGGAGUACGACUGCGAGCUGGAAGCUGAUGCCAUGAUCUACGCUGAAACAUGUGCACUUGGGCCGUCCUAUCCUGGCACUAGGAAAGAUCAGGGAGAGAACGUAGCUGUGGUGGAGCCUCAGAGUGCGGAAAGUUUCGACAAAGCUGCUCAAUGGGCCAUGCGAUCGUGGUUCAAACCGAUAAAGGAGGACGGUAGCAUUGGAAUUAAAGAAGUAACAUUCAAAGAGAAACACAGAUAUACCCCUGUAGCUGGAGCGACUCAGGUUGUGUGGUCAACCACGAAUAAGGUCGGAUGUGCCAUUGGGAAAUGCGGCGACGUCUACUUCACUGUAUGCCGAUACUCACCAGCCGGAAACCAAGUAGAUCACGAAGUCUACAAAAAGGAACGCCGUGCUCACAAUGUCCUUCAAAGAGAUGUGACACUGCAAUGGGACUGUGCAUCAUGCCGUGAAAGUUUUCUUCUUGUCUGA